AUGCAUAUUGAGAAAUGGGAAAGAUUAUGUGAUUCUAAAUCAAGAGGGGACUUAGGAUUUAGGGAUUUAAAGGCUUUCAAUAUGGCUUUGUUAGCUAAACAAGCUUGGCGUAUAUUGUCGUACCCGGAUUCGUUGUUAACAAGAGUUCUUAAAAGUAAAUACUUUUCACACUCAACUUUCCUUGACGCUUCUACAUCAUCUACAGGAUCAUGGAUCUGGAGAAGUAUUUUGUGGGGAAGAGAUCUAUUAGUUACUGGACUAAGGUGGAGAAUCUCUAAUGGGAAAAAUAUAAAUGUUUGGACUGAUCCUUGGAUUCCAAGAAAGAAUGGUUUUACUCCAAAAAGUAUUCAAAUGCAAAACAAUUUAGAUCUUAAGGUUGCCGACUUAAUUGACGAAGAUACGCAUACCUGGAAACUUCAUAAGAUAAGUACGACAUUUGAACCUGAAGAUAUAGAUGCAAUUUUGUCUAUACCAAUAUCCAUCAUAGGUCUUAAUGAUAGAUUGUUGUGGCAUCACUCAAAAUCUGGAAACUAUGAAGUUAAGUCAGGUUACUAUUUAGCAAAAGGUUUGGCCGGUAAGACUAUUAGGAACUCGGAAGCCCAAGCGAGGAGUUGUCAUUCUUUUCCUAAAAGCUUCUGGGAUUCUUUGAGGAACUUAGAAAUUAAAAAUAAACUUAAACAUUUUCUAAGGAAGUGUGUGAUUAACUCUUUGCCCGUUAAUUAUACCUUAGCUAAAAGAUUACAGAACCUGGAUAAAACGUGUAAGAUUUGUGGUCUUGAAAGUGAAGAUAUAGAACAUAUGCUAUUUAGAUGUCCCCAAUCUCAGCUUGUAUGGAAACAAAGUCCUAUUAAUUGGCCUGAUAUUGACAACAUAACUGACUUUUCUAUGUGGUGGUACAAUUUGUUCUUAAAUGCUAAGCACUUUCCUGAAUCUACUGAAUUAUUAGAUUUGAGUGUUAAUCUUAUGUGGAAAAUAUGGAAAGGUAGGAAUGCUUGGUGCUUUAAUCAAGAAAUGUUAGAGCCAACUGAGAUUGUUUCUAAAGCUCUUUUUGAGUAUGGAAAAUAUAAAGAUCUAUUGACUAGUUGCCUCGCUGCACGACAUUCAACUGGAAAUGACUUUCUGCCUAAACUAACAAAUUUUCAUGAUGAUGUUUUAUUAUUUACAGACGCAGGAUUACGGUGUGAUGAUCGACAUGCGAAUAUUGGUGUUGCGACUUUGAAUAGCCUUGGAAAACUACUUCAUGCCCAUGGAUCCUCAAUUCAAUAUGUUGGGAAACCCAUGACUGCUGAAGCGAUUGCCAUAAGAAAGGCACUUGAAUGUGCUAUUACUCUUGGAUGGAAAAGUGUGAAGAUUUUAUCUAAUGCUAAGAAUGUUGUUGAUAUGAUCCAAAAACAGGUGGCUACUUCAUGGGAGAUAGAAGUGUUGUGUGAAGAAUGGAAGCUAUCAAGCAUGUUAGAUCACGUCGAGUUUCUUUAUAUUCCAAGGAAGUUAAACAAAGUAGCGCAUAGUUUAGCUAAAUUUUCUAUUUCUUUGUUGAAGGACAUCUCCCGGGAGAAGUUUUUCCCNAAAAAAAAAAAAAAAAAAAAACAGAAUCAUUCUACUGCUAGGGAUAUUCAAGAGAACACUCACUGCCAACUAUUGCAGCCACGAAAAUCCUUUUGA